AUGUCAUAUUACUUCACCAUUCUCUCACCAACCGAUACGCCGAUCUUCAACAUCGCAUUUGGCACCUCGAAAGGCGGCGGCGAUGGCAUUGCCCGAUUCCGUUUCCCUGACACAGCGCAGUACAUGAAUCAAUUCAUCAUCCACUCCAGUCUGGACAUUGUCGAAGAGGCACAGUGGACCAAUGGCGGAAUGUAUCUCAAACACAUCGACACCUAUCCACCCGCCGCAGCCUACAUCUCCGCCUUCCUCACACCUAGCGGCGCCCGCUUCCUCCUUCUACAUCAACCUCCGCAACUACCCUCAGGUCCAUCCAGUGGUCUUGGAUCGUCCUCACUUCUCGGCUCAUCCGCAUCAACCACUCGUACCUCGUCGAGCUCCAUCGCUGCAAACCCGACUUCCCCUCAGACCGAGGAAGCAGUUCGCCAGUUCAUGAAUGAAGUGUACGAGAGCUAUGUUAAGACAGCCAUGAGCCCAUUCUACAAACAAGGAAUGGAAAUCAAGAGCCCCGUGUUCCGUGCAAAGGUCACAGGCGCCGGAAAGAAGUGGUUGUAA